AUGAAAUCCUUCACAACCGGCGCUAAACCGUUCAGACCGCUGCUCAUCUUGUGGAUCCUUGUGUCAUUGCUGAAGAGUUUUGCGGUUGGGAAAGCUCUGGUUUCCAAUACCACCAGAAGAGCAGGAGGCUGCUUGGAACCGGUUGAACUGGAAUUCCCUCUAAGUGUGAAGGUCAAUCUAAGCAUCAUCAACAAAAACCUGGAUGACGGAGUAGUGUCUGACGUCAGCAAACGUUCAACCUCUCCAUGGGACUACAGCGUUAAUGAAGAUCCCAACAGGUUUCCCGCCAGGAUCUCCGAGGCCACCUGCCGCCGUCCUUUCUGCGUGGAUUCCAGGGGAAAGGAGAAUUACAGCAUGAACUCCGUCCCCAUUCGACAGGAGAUCCUGGUGCUUCGACGUCGGUUCAGGGGCUGUGAGCAAACCUAUCAGCUGGAGAAACAGUGGGUCACCGUCGGCUGCACGUGCGCCAGGGCACUGUCCAACACUUCCGCAUGA